GGGGGGAGGGGCGAGAGGGGGCGGUUCUGACGCAUAAUAUUUCGGGGCUACUUUUUUGGGCGGUUUUGGGCUACACGCGCGGACGGUUCUCGCAAAGAUGGCGACGCUCAGGAGCGUAAUGAGGGCGCGGGUUUGCCUAUCAUAUUUGAACCCUUGCAGAAUUUCUGCCGCAUCUCGGGUGCAGAAUAUUCAGAAAAAUGCGGCCAGCAGUCGGAUUUUAACACCCUUUGGAAGCUAUAAAAAGAAUUUCACCACAAGUUGUGCAAACUUUGCUCCUGCCGUGACCGAACAUGCACCACCUUUCAAAGGCACGGCUGUGGUCAAUGGUGAGUUCAAAGAGAUCAGUUUGGACGACUAUCAGGGAAAGUACCUGGUUCUGUUCUUCUAUCCUUUGGACUUUACCUUUGUUUGCCCAACUGAGAUAAUUGCAUUCAGUGACAAAGUCAAUGAGUUCCAUGAUGUGAAUUGUGAGGUUAUUGGUGUAUCUGUGGAUUCACAUUUCUCCCACCUUGCCUGGAUCAACACAUCUAGAAAGAUUGGAGGACUUGGCCGCAUGAAUAUACCACUAUUAUCUGAUCUAACAAAGCAGAUAUCUCGGGAUUAUGGAGUACUUCUGGAAAACCCUGGUAUUGCCCUGAGGGGCCUUUUCAUCAUUGAUCCUCGUGGAAUUAUCAAGCACAUUGGGAUCAACGAUCUACCUGUGGGACGCAGUGUUCCGGAGACACUGCGGUUAGUAAAGGCGUUCCAGUUUGUGGAGACACACGGAGAGGUUUGCCCAGCCAAUUGGACUCCUCACUCUCCCACGAUUAAGCCAACGCCACAAGAUUCCAAGGAGUACUUUCAGAAAGUCCAUGAUUAGAUUGAUAAUUUGUCAGCCUGUAUUUAAUUUUGCACUAAUUGACGAUUCAAAAUGCUAAAUUAUGAAGAUGAAUGUUAUCCUUGUUACAAAAAUAAGGGGGUACAGUAAUUAAAGCUCUUCGGUUUAGAAUGUUAGUCCAGUUUACCCAUCUCGGGGAGUCAUUUAUCAAGCAGCUGUUACAAGAAAUAUUUUCUUCGAUUUCCAUGUGGUUAAAAGGUACGAAAACACCUUUACUUUAAAGAGAACCAGAAAGAACAGGACUCUUAUAACCUCAUAGUGGACAGGGUCAUCAACUGUGUACAAAUGAUUGAAUCUACUGAUGUUUUGCAAUAUCAUGUUUAAAGAAGUACUUACGCACAAUUAAACUGCUUAUAUUCUACAAAAUAAAGAUUCAGAUGUA